AGGGCGGGACGAGACGAGACCAACCAAAAUGGCGCUGCCUUUGAGCCGUUGCCGCGCGUGGAACGUGAGGCGGGCGUUCGCGGGCGGAGUGUGGAGCGCGAGCGGCGGUUUCAACGGUCACUGGGCUGGGCUGCCCGUGGCGGGAGAUGGCGGGGGCCGCGGGCGCGUGCAGGAGUUGCAUUACUAUCGAAGAAUCCAUUUAAACACUACCAUUCACAAGAAGCCAAAUUCUUCAUGGAGAACUCCAUCCAGACUUAUAUCCACCACGAGGACUAAAUGCUGCUGUAAUCAGGUGCAGAGUGACAAACAGUACAAAGACCCUUACACACUAGCUCAGAAAGAUUUGAAGAACCUAUAUGAUGAAAUUAAGAGGCAAUUAGCAGUGUCUUCAGAUCUUAAAGAAAUCUGUGAUUACUAUUUUGAUGGAAAAGGGAAGGCUUUUCGGCCCAUGGUUGUGAUAUUAAUGGGAAAAGCGUGUAAUCUCCAUCAUGGCAAGAGCAGGGAAUUGUUGAAAAGCCAGCAUUCUGUAGGUAUGAUUGUGGAGAUGAUCCACACUGCCAGCCUCGUGCAUGAUGAUGUUAUUGAUGGAUCAGAAACUCGACGGGGUAAAAUUACAGUAAAUAAAAUCUGGGGAGAAAGAAAGGCAAUUUUGGCUGGAGACUUUGUUCUCUCUUCAGCCUCCAUGGCCCUUGCCCGCCUUGGUAACACCACUGUAGUAUCCAUUUUUACUCGAGCAAUUGAAGAUUUGGUACGAGGGGAAUUUAUGCAGCUGAGUUCCAAAGAAACUGAGAAUGAGAGAUUUGUACAUUACCUUGAGAAAACAUUUAAGAAAACUGCAAGUCUUAUAGCAAACAGUUGUAAAGCAGUCUCGAUACUUGGUAAUUGUAAUUCAGAAGUCCAGGAAAUUGCAUAUCAAUAUGGGAGAAACCUUGGGAUAGCUUUUCAGUUGGUAGAUGAUAUGCUGGAUUUCACCUCGUCCACUAAUCAAUUAGGGAAACCAACUGCAGCCGAUCUAAAGCUUGGAUUGGCAACUGGCCCAGUGUUGUUUGCUUGCCAACAGUUUCCAGAACUGCAUGCUUUGAUAUUGAGGCACUUCAGUUCAGAUGGGGAUGUAGAUCUGGCUUGGGAAUAUGUCCAACAGAGUGAUGGUGUUCAGCAAACCUGCUACCUCGCACAUCAAUAUUGUCAAGAAGCCAUUCGACAGGUUUCCAUGUUGCAUCCUUCACCAGAAAGAGAUGCCUUGAUUCAACUAACAGAAAUUGUACUAAAUCGGCACAAGUAAAAGCCUCUCCACUUCUGGCAGCUAUUGAGAUUACAACUGAACAAAAUCAAAACUGUUUACAUUUUGAACUAACCAUGUUCAUAGCCAAGAUUAAGAAAUUGUUGUUGUGUUGGUGACUACCCAUGGCCUCUGAAUACUGUACAACUUCAAAUCUUAGCUGUCCAUGCAAACUUUUUAUACUGAAGAAUUUAUUAUAAAAGACUGUACAUACAAUUUUAACAGGUUAUAUACAAAUUAAAAGAAUGCAUUGUUUAAGACAAUUGAUAAAACAUCUUAAGGCAGAAGUUAAUAAGAAAGCCUCAGCAUUAUAAUGUAUGGCCCCACCACUGUGCCCUUUCAAAACAAAUAAAUUUAGCUGUCA